AUGGUUUAUCAUACAAUGGAAGCGUCCGGAGAAGCAUUAAUAGCACCAGCACUGUCAACUGCACAAGAAGAAGAAACUUUAUUUGCCAAAGUUGAAGGUUUAACUGAUAAAGUUUUACGAGAGAAGAGACGUCAUUUAGGCCCUUCCUAUGUAAACGAUCCGGAUAUUAAUGUGGAGAAAACUAGAAAUUUUAUAGAUGAAUACUAUAGUUUAAAACAGCUAGCUGACUAUUUGAACUCAAGGGAUGAAGGAACAGGGGAUCUUAAAUUUCCGCUUGUUUCACUACAAUUCCCAGAUGAACUUGUUUGUGAUUCUACCAUUGUUUGCCAAAUUUUGCAAGACUACUUAAAUAAGGCAAACAAGGACUUUCAUGACUACAACCAUGGCAAACUUGAGCCUAAACAGGUGGCCGAAGAAAUAGAUUUCAAUACCUCUCAGUCCAUGUCUAGAGAUAUUGAAUCGGCUGAGAAAACAAUGGACAAUAAAACAUGUGGUGGUAAUUGUGGGUCCAAAUGUAAAAAUAAGAGUAAGUAUAACCAAGAAGUCUGGAUAUUAGCAGAUACUUCUUAUUCACCAUGCUGUAUUGAUGAAGUUGCGGCAGAGCACGUGAAAGCAGAUAUAGUGGUUCAUUUUGGCGACGCAUGUUUGAAUCCUGUUGACAAAAUUCAAUCGUGCUAUGUUUUCGGUAAACCGUACAUUGAUUUUGGGAAGCUGGUGCAAACGUUCAGAACAACCUAUCCUGCAAAGGAAGAAAAAAUAGCGAUUAUGUCUGAUACUCCUUAUAGCCAUGUCCUCACUCAAUUACACCAGCAACUGAAGCACGAGUAUCCUAAUUUGGUAGUAGCCGAAGUCGAUUAUGAAAAAGCCGGUAAAAAGAGUAAAAUAAUUGAUGCUGUCUCUUUUGGAAAUGAAGAUGGGGUAGCUAUCUAUACUGCAAACAGGAUAAUCAGAGGUAUAAAGCAGGAAGAUAUUUAUGAGUACCUUGAAACAGUUGAUUUUGAAGACGAAAAUUUCAUGGAUGCAAGUAAAUUUGAUGGGUUGACACAGCAGUAUUCCUUAUUCCAUCUAACUAGGCCGCACGACGCAAGACUAUUGCUCUUAUCAACCAAAUUUGGUUCACUAAAUGUGGUCGAUCCUUUAGAUGUAGAGCUUGUUCAUGAUCAAUUCCCUAAUUUGAUGAAAAGGUACAGAAAUAUGCAAGUUGCAAGAGGUGCUUCUACAGUUGGAAUAUUAGUCAACACUCUAUCCCUGUCACACACUAGAACACUAUUGAAUCAGAUUGUAAAGUCUGUUGUUGAAGCUGGUAAAAAGCAUUACAUGUUUGUGGUGGGCAAGCCAAACGUGGCCAAACUUGCAAAUUUUGAAUGCGUCGAUUGUUGGUGUAUUCUAGGAUGCAACCAAUCUGGUAUUGUUAUUGAUACAUGGGGUGAUUAUUAUAAGCCGAUAAUUACACCAUACGAAUUGAAAUUGGCGUUGAUGCCGCAGGUUACAUGGACAGGUAAAUGGGUCACAGAUUUUGAAGCUUUGCUUGAAAGAGGAGAAGGAGAAGAAGAGCAAGACAACAAACUAAACAAAACUGCAGCUAAAGAGGAAAGCGUCGAACAGAAGAAUGGUGACGAUGAUGACGAUUAUGCACCUGAGUUUGAUCCUGUUACAGGUAAGUUAAAGAUGAACCAGCCGCUUCGCCAGCUUCGACAUUUGGAACUUGAGCUUGAAACAGAAAAUGCUUUCAAGAAUUCCAAUGGAGUAGGCAAGCAGGACGAAACUGAGCUUGUCCACAAGUUCUCUGGUACUCUAUCUGUUGGUAAGACUGUCUCCACAUCUGCCUUUGGCCUUCAAAACCGUGAGUGGACAGGCCUAGGAAGCGAUUUCGCACAGGAAGACUCUUCUGUAGGAGCGCUCGUUGAGGACGGAAGAACAGGUGUUGCAAGGGGAUACACAGAUGUUAAAUAA